UAUGGUUUGAAUAUAACAAUGAGUAAUGCGAGAUAUCCAUACAAUAGCUACGAGGAGUACAGAAAUCAGAGUUACGCAAAACCGAAGAAGAGUGUUAAUGGUACUUCGUCAGUAUCUGAGAAUGACCAAAACCAACAAACGAUGCGAGUCAGUGACACGAAGAAACGAAAAGAUAAAAGUCACAGAGAACAAGGCAGAAAGUCGUACCCGAUGAGACGACGAGUUUUAGAGUCGUCUUCUUCGUCACAGCAUAUGGAAGAUGAAGAACCUGCUCAUGAGUACAAAAGCGACCAUGUAGACCUAGUGCAAAAAUACACUGGCUCUUUAAUACAGACUCCAAAACUAACUGAUAAGGCAACAGAGGAGAGAGUACAGAUGUCUUCCGGUGGUGAAACGGUAUGUACAGAGAGAAGCGCAAAUACUGACAGCGAAAGCGAGAGAGAGGAGAGUCGUACUUGGAAUUUCCGACUGAGACGAGAAGAUAUGGCCUCCUUCAGUGAGAUUGAGUCCAAGCUGUUUCGAAGGCUGUUGAGGAAGGUGAUUAGAAACAACGGACAGGUUGUUACAACAGUUGAAAAGAAAACCGAAAAGGAGCAGCAGGACGAAAGCAAACGAAGCGCUUCGAAUUACGCGAUAGACCAAAGUAAUAACACAGCAGUGGCACCGUCACCAGUAAAGCGUGUGAAAAGAAAACGAAAAAUUAUCACUCGCAGAGAUAAAAACGGAGUCAUUUUAGAGAAGAUUUACAAGCCCUACGAUGGCGACGAAACUUCAAAAGAGGACAUAAUAGUGAAGUAUGAAAAUGGACAGCCUGUUGGCUCGUUUACACCAGCGCAACUCGAGGAGUUCAAUUUGAAGCAAAAUGAUGAUAAUGAAAAACGCGUGAAUGUUUCCGAUUUUAGAAAUGAGUCUGAAAUUGACACGAGUGAAACCAAAUCAGCAUUAAAAUCACACGCAACCAUUGAAAUUGAACCAUCUGAUGUAUUAAUUGGAAAUAGUGAUUUAAAAACAGAACAAAGCUCUGAGUUAACGAUUGGAAGUGUACAAUCUGAUACGUCUGAAAAAGAAAAAUCUGUGACUCAAAUUGAAGCGACGAUAAGUGAAAACAAAGGAUCGCGUUUAGAAGUUACCAGUUUACCUAAUAAAGGAUCUCAAGAUGUCGGAAUAAAAGAUACUACUGCUCAUGGCGAAUCAGCGGCUAAGGGUGAUCAUGCGGGAGCAUCGGUUGAAAAAGAAAAGCAGAGAAUACAAAAAGCAAAAGUGAGUUCUCGGACGAAGUUGAUUACCAGCAGAAGAGAGGAGAAAGGGAGUGGAAUUCAAUUCGACUAUUAUCAUAGUGCUGCUGGAGGAAGCAGUCCCUGCAGGCUGCUGCAGUUCCUCGUACACCUGCAGAAACAGAAACAACAGCAGCAAGCCAAGGCUACUGAAGACGAUUCAAACAAGAACCAGGAUGAAAAUGAGGAAGGAAAGUACCUAGAUGCCUAUAAGUGCCUAGACGUCGCUCAAUCUGUCCUGAAGUUGAAACCUUAUCGAGAUGAAUUAAGUUCUUCUAGUGGAGACGAGAAUCAAGAUGAAGAUAAGCAGGAAGAUGAAACAAAUACUUGGCUAGAAAAUAAUUUAAAACCUCAACCAGACCGAGGCGAAGCGGACUCCAAACAUGGUGGUUCAAAUAUGAGUGAUCAGACGGCGGGUUCGAAGAACCAAAAAAGCGAUGCGAAAAGUUAUAAGUCAGAGAAAAGAACAGCGUCCAAACCAAAGAAACCGAAACAAGCAAAAGGCAGGAAACGGAAAUCUAAAAUGGAUACUAGCAUGGACAGCGACGAGGAAAAGGCGAAAAGUAUAGUUGACAAGCUAGUUAAAAAGUUUAAGGUCGAGAGAGAUGAUGAAGAUAAAAGUGGCACUGGGUCUCGGCCGACCUUGAAGUUAUCACAUGCAAUGACGCAAAUGUUUGAAGGACGGAACAAAAAAGAUUUCAACGUCGAAGUCACUUACCCUCCAGGCGCUGAACGUGCAAGCCACGUGAUACAAUACGAGUUUAACUCGAAUUACUUUUCAACACCGAUACCAUUUGAAUUAUGGAAAAGAAUAGAUGAACUGGGGAUUAAUUUGAAAGCUUGUUUUUGUUGUAAUGAAACUGGAAAUAAGUAUAAAGGUGUCCUUUAUGGGCCCUAUAAUUUUAAGAAAGAAUGGCCCUCGGAAGAACCUGUGACGUCGAGCGAGGGUUUUUCAGAUGUUCUUUCCAUAUGGAUUCACGAGGAAUGUCUUCUGAAGUCUCCAGAUGUUUGUCUGAUUGGAUCCCGUCUUUUGGGUCUGCAGGAAUUGAUCGAGGCCAAACUGGACCCACUAAGUUCUGAAAAAGAAAGUUUCAUUUAAAAAAAGUGAAAAUAACCGAAGAUUUGUCAGUUAAAGAAUUUUUUAAGCAUUAACAUAUGCGAUAUAAGUUCAACCAAUUUGGUGUGA